UCAAGUAACUCUUUUAUCACAAAAUUAAUUACCAGUGUUUCCAUUUAUAGGAUCUUACCUAGCCGUAUGGCCUGCUGCCUCUGCCAAUUUAAAAAUACGAUUGAGGUUGCCUGGAAGACAGUCAAGCUGCAUUGUGACAGUGAAUGCCUGACGGACAUGACACGUUGUGAUGAAGAAACAUCUAUAGGGAAUGCAGAAGGCUCGUUGAUGAAGGUGUUACAAGCCCGGAAAAAGAACAACAGCAGCGAACUGACUAUUGAGUCAGAGAGGGCGUCGUCAGAUAAAAGUGCUGUCAGCUUGUCAGGCUUCAUGAAGGAGCAGCUGGACUUUAAUAAUAAAAGUGAUAUUAUCAGUGCACUAAAUUACAUACUGCCUUAUACCUCAGAGGGAAAUCGAGGAGAUGUGGAAUCAACAUUAUUACCAUUCAUUCAACUUCUGUUUUCGAAUACAAAAGAUGGAGAUAUGCCGCAGGGCCUUUUGAAAAACAGUACAAGGAGCCCUUCUGUUAAACCUGUACCCAACAAUUCAAGUAAUAAAAACAAAUUGAGGAAACUCCAUUUUGUGGAAAAUCUGUUAGCUGCAGAAACUCAAGAAAACAUUGAUGAUGUUAAAACGGAAGAAAAACCUGCCACGCGUACACCUUCCAGCCUUUUAAGUACCAUGUUUAAACUCUACAUCUUUCAAAAGAAAUUGCAAACUGCCCAACCACAGAAAGAAAAAUCCCCAUCCGAAGUUAAAAGCAGAUCAAAAGACUUAUCCAACACUAUUCAUGUUUUAGAAAAUGCGAAGAAUAGCAUUCGAAAUAUUAAGGACUUCGAACUAAUCUCACAUUCUGGAAAAAAAUACAUCUUCCAUAAAAUUAGGUCUCAUCGGGUCCACAGAAAACCCAGAGGCAGAAGGAGUCGAAAGUUCAGAAAGAAAAGUUCACUCAAUACAAUGAUGCUUGCAAGUCCUCCGUUCUCUGUACUGAGGAGUCUCAUAAAUUCCCCUCCACGAGAGGCUGUUUCAUCUCCAGGAGAAGUGACUUCUCAGGAAAAGCCUUUUGCAGAAUUAUUUUCUCUUUCAGACCCUUCUGCAGAAAACACUAAUACUGCACAAGAUGUUUCUGAAGAAAUUGUUUCUACAGGAAACUCUACUCUGCCAGGAGGAACCGGCCCUGGAAACACUACCCGUAGGAACGUGUCCACUGCACAUUCUACUGUUGCUGCAGACAACAGUACGCCAACUGUUCAACACACCAACGAAACACAAUGGGAGUACCACAACACGGGCACUGAAUUAUCGUCUAAGCCCACAGGCUUCACUUUCCCAGGGCUCACAUCCCCAGGUGAUCAAGUUGAAACUCAGCUAAACCAGCAGCUACGGUCCCUCAUCCCCAACAAUGACGUGCGAAGGCUCAUUUCUCAUGUUAUCCAGACUUUAAAGAUGAACUGCUCAGAAACCCACUUGCAGCUGGCCUGUGCCAACCUCAUCUCUAGAACAGGCCUCCUGAUGAAGCUUCUCAGCAAGCAGCAAGAAGUACAUGUGUCCAAAGCGGAAUGGUAUACGGACGAGUGGAAAGCUGACAACUGUAUCAGUGAGAGCACAGAAGCCCAGAGUGAGCAGAAAGGGCAGGAGUCAAGUGAGCUCACAAAAGAAGUUCCAGGAUAUGGCUAUAACAACAAACUCGUCUUGGUAAUAUCCGUAACUGGAGUAGUGACGAUUUCGAUUGCAAUUCUCUGUCUCAUUGAGGUAAGGAAAAUAAAUAAUUCAGAUUCAGAACCCACAGACUGA